AUGAACAAUUUCAUUCACGUCAUAAAUGGAUUUUAUAAACCCGAAAUAUACUAUACCGACACUGAUAGUUUGUACAUUUCAUCCAAAAAUUGGAAAAAACUAAACAGAGCUGGUUUGGUCUCCGAAAAAGACUAUUGCAAAGGUAAAAACGAUUACGGUGACGGUGGAAUUAUAUUUGGUUUAUAUUUAGCACCAAAAGUCAAAUACAACAUCGUUUUGACUUCUGAUGGUGUCUUAAAAGAAAAGAAAACGUUUAAAGGUUAUUCUAAUGAUAAGAUAAGUGUAGAAGAUUACGUUCAGUUAGCAAGCGGACAUGAUGUGUCGAACGAAUUUAAUAAACCGUGGGAAAAAAGUUUCACCAAUGGAGUAGUUAUUCCAAAUGAUAAACAAACUAAAGUUUUUAGAAGUUAUUUGAAUAAUGUUAAAAGAAAACCACCAAACAGUGAAGGAAUUAUGUAUCCUUACAACGACAAAGAUGAGUAUUGUUUUGACGAAAACUAUGAAUUUGAUGAUUUCGAUUAUCUUACUACUCAAGAAGAGAAUGAAGAUUGUUUUAAAUGA